AUGGGUCCCACAGCGGACGCUGGCAGCGUGCUGUUUCCCUACGUUGCAGGUCGAUCGAUGGAUUUACGUACGUCUAGCGGUGACAACAUCCAAGUCACCAUCACGCGUGUCUACCCUAUCACUAUGUCUCCCGUCAUGGAGGUUCAAAUGAAGACACCCGGUGGACACCGCAAUGUCCUGUUGAAGCUCUUUGAUCGGCGCUUUGGCGGGGACCGCCGGAGGCAACCAUACAACCAGGAAGCUGAGGCGGCGUGGCAAAACUGUCUUCGCUCUGGCUUGGCUCAAAAUCUCCUUGAAAGCCUCCAAGAGGACGAGGAAAUCAUCAAAAUGGCACGCUUCCAAGAGGAUGAUGACGAUGAUAACGACGACAGCGACGAAGAAGAAGAGGAAGAGGAAGAGGACGACGAGCGGCAGCUACAAGAGCAGGAAGUGGUAAUUUACCACGCGACCCAAAAAGGCUACAAGAGCGAGGUCCGGGCCUAUACCGAGUUAAAGUCGCUCCAGGGUCGAUGCAUUCCGAGCUUUAUUGCGUCGGCAUCAUAA